ACCAACAUUUUCGAGUGAACUAUUUUUGACUUGUGUGUUUUGUUUUUUUCUCUUACCUUUUAUCCUGAGUUUUCUCUAAUAAUACGCGAUAAUUGAUAUGAUUGCUAUACCCAGAAAUCCUUGUAUUAAAUUCCUUUCUCGCUACUGCAAAAGAAAUUCGAGAAUUACCAUCCUGCAGGGUGAGAAAUGGAAUGUGCAACUUUUGAGGUUAAGUUCAACAGCAGUACUCCCGGAAAAACUGGAGCCGGAAAGAGUAAGGAGGAAACGCAAGACAAAAACCAAAGACAGUGAAAGCCCUCAGGAAGAUCUCCUGGCCUAUUUCACAUCAGAAAAACAGAGGAACACUCUAGGAAGCUUCCCUCGGACUUAUUUCAACAAGAAACUAAACACCCCAAAUCAUUUGUACAUCGCAGAUGAAACAGUGGCCAGGAAUAUUGCAGAUUGCGUAGCUGCGAGCUCUUCCAAAGACACCCCAAUCUUGGAAAUUAAUCCAGGAUGUGGAAUUCUCACACAGCAGCUACUCAGAGUCACCAGUCAGAAGAUUCACUUGUUCGAAUCUGUUGAGGAAUUUUCCAAGAAUCUCGAGAAGAUUGUCUCUGAGCAUCUGGACAGGGUGUCACUGAAGAAAGAGGAUCUGACUGCUCUGUGGAGAAUUGCAUACCAGGACAAACUGGACAACGGGGAUCGGGUGCAAAAACUUCUAGACGGAAAGCUGCCCAAGAGAGAUUGGACUGAAGAGCCCAAUGCCAGAAUCGUUGGAGCUAUUGGCUCUGGGAACUUCUUCAAGCAUCUGGUGAAUUCUUUGGUUUACCAGAGCAGUUUUCUAACGUACGGCAGAUGCGAAAUGUUCCUGGUCGUUCCUCCUCCCAUCUACAUUCAAUUGACAUGCUCAAAAGACGCUGGGUAUUUGUUGUACAGAUACAUGUCUGUGCUCUUUCAAAUAUUCUUUGAGUAUGAGUUCAUUCAGAAAGUGCCGAGAAAAGCUUUUCUGCCCUGGCAGCAUGAUUACAAUCAUGCAAAGCACAAUAAGUUGUCCAAGGUGAACUCUAUCGAUGCAGAUAGUUUGUAUUUAGUGCGAAUUGCUCCCAGGAGGGAAGCUUAUGACCUCUGUUCUCCUGAUGACAUGCAGGCACUUUGGUUUUUCGUCAAGCAAAAUAUGAUCAGUCGGACGAAUCGUGUGAUUCCGUCCCUGGAAAAAUGGAUUCCCUACUGUGGGCUGCGUCUGAUAUCGCAGAAAGUGUCGCCGAUGCCAAUGAGGCAGGAUGGGGAAAAUCCCAGAAAUGGGGAACUUCCAGAAUUUGUGCAGCCUUGUCGGCCAAUCUCAAAAAGUGAUCAUCGACAAGAUAUAAAUAUUUUCACGCAGUUUGGUGAUCUGACGCCCUCGGAGAUGCUAUCGCUCUUCCAGCAAUUUCGCAAUUGGCCAGAGUACAAGCAGAGUCCGUUCUUGUCUCUCAUGGAGAACAGUCUGAUCAAGAUGUUUGCACAAGAUCAAGACGCAACGACCGAGGAUCAAGUUGGUGGUUUUGUGGAGAAACCAGCAGCAGCAGAAGACGAUGAAGCAGAGAGAUAAGACAUGCUGCGAGUCUUUCGAGAGUAUAAUAAUAAAAAAAAAGUUUUAUAUAAAUUAA